AUGAGUUCUAGCUCGGAGACGUCGGUGAUAAUCGGUGAUCGUGGAUUGCCCUCGAAGUGUGUAUGUGGUGAAAGGGUAUCGAAAUUUACAUCAAAAACUCAAGAUAAUCCUGGCCGACCGUUCUUCCGUUGCAUCAGCAAACGAGAUGCAAGCUCAUGGACAAGCAAGAGAGAUGGUCACUUAUUUAAGUGGGUGGAGGAUGCUAUCUAUGAGGAAGUUGAAGAUGCAUUACCAAAACUAGGAAUCAUGGCAAACGAGAUUGUUAAAGCCAAAGCUGAGAUACAUGAGCUCAAUGUUGCUAUGCAAGAGUUGAAGGAAGAUGCAAUGCAAAGGAAAAGAGACAUAUGCAAGCUUAAACUGUUGUGGAAAAUGUGUUUUCUGUGGCUUUGUGUAAUAACAAUUUUCAUUGUUUACCUUAUGUUUGUACAUGUCAUGACUCUACCUUGUCGUGAUAACCUGGUGGUGCUUGAAGAGGCAGUUUCAAAUCUUCCCUUCCUCCUAGCAUGGUUAGGAGGUCUACCACGAUUGCCUUUUCUCCAUGGUGGUGGAAAAACUCCUAAUCUAUUCAUCCUAGGCCACUCCGACUGA